AUGGCACCUUCUCAAAUCGAAUGGAAUUAUGUUCGUUAUGGAUUUGCUGAAACUGAUCGUCGGAAAUACUGUAUCGACUGCCAUUCGAUGUUAAGUUGGACAUGUGUUGGUUUAGGAAAAUCUUGUUUGUAUACGAAUUGUUAUCAUCAAUAUGACCGCUGUAGCUAUGGGACACCAGAACUUGACGGAGCAAAACAACAAGAGUUUCAAGUCUUAAAUAAUAAACAACAUCCUUAG